CUCCAGCGGUUCUGAGGAAAGACCGGCGGCGGGACCAGAAGCCGCGCGGCUAAACCUGGCCGUCGUUCGGCAGAAGGCGAAGCCUUUCCGGCGCGUCCCGGGAAAUCCCGCUCAUCUGUGCGCCGCUUGCCAGGCGCGCGUUUUCUUUUCACUCCUUUCGGAAGUUUUUGGCGGCGGCGGCGGCGGCGGGAGGAUGCUGGAGAGCGGCGGCAAGCCGGUGAAAGAGGGCGUGCUGGAGAAACGCAGCGACGGCUUGCUGCAGCUCUGGAAGAAGAAGCUUUGCAUCCUCACCGAGGAAGGGCUUCUGCUUAUCCCGCCCAAGCAGGAGCCGGCGGCGGCGGCGGCGGCGACUUCUUCUCCUGCCAACGGAGAGAGGGCGGUGGCCGCCGCCAAGAUCAAGCAGUUGCCCUUCUCCACCAUGAAGACGGUGGACUGCGUGGAACGGAAGGGCAAGUACAUGUAUUUCACGGUAGUGAUGGCCGAGGGGAAGGAGAUCGACUUUCGGUGCCCGCAGGAUCAAGGCUGGAACGCCGAGAUCACGCUGCAACUCGUGCAGUACAAAAACCGGCAGGCCAUCCUGGCGGUCAGGUCGACCCGUCAGAAGCAGCAACACCUCCUCGUCCAGCAGCUCGGACCCCGCCUCCGGAGCGCCUCCAACUCCGCUUAGACGGGCCGCCCCGACAGAUCAAAUUCAAGAGGCACUUCUGGAAGUAAGAGGAACAGUGAUCAAAGGCUGGCCAAGUAAAGGAGGACGAGUACAAGAGCAUCAGUUCAGCCCCUGGAUUUUGUCCAGUUUUGACACCAUCUGUGGUUGCUUUAGAGAAGUACUUCAGCUGUUCUGGGUUUGGGCUACUGCUUAAACUUAGGAAAGGCAUAUUUGACCUCAAAAGACAUAUCUCACACUGUCAGUUUUAAAAUUCCACUACAUUUUAUUUGUAUGUAUAUUUAUUAGUGGGGAUAUU